GCUCCCUCGCUGCCUCACUCCCUCCCUCUCCUUUUCUUUCUUUUUUUUUUUUUUUUUCCACAAAAACACUUUCGGGAAAAAUAAAGUUUGCCCCCCGACUCCCCCUUCUUCUUACCGACCUGCUCUCGGUCAGUCUAAGCCAAACCGUGACCUGUAGCUGGAAGAACGGCUCGACUAUGUGGAGGCAGAAGCGGGCUCUUGGGAAACUCUUGGCUUGUCUCGUAUUACUAGUGGCGCUCGCCGAUGCUUAUCGAUUCCUGAACCAGAAUACAGCUUCCCAGUUCCUGAGCAGGCACCGGAGGGCCAACUCUUUGUUCGAGGAGAGCAAGAAGGGCAACCUGGAGAGAGAGUGCAUCGAGGAGGUGUGCAACAAGGAGGAGGCAAGGGAGAUCUUCGAGAACCACCCGGAGACGGAAUACUUCUACCCCAGAUAUGUCUUGUGUUUGGGUUCCCACCGCGUCGGCAUCAACAACCACAACUCGCAGACAAACAUCCCGCCUGACCUUCGAACCUGCGUAAUGGAGCUCAGUAACCAGUGCACACCAAACCCGUGCUACAAGGAGGGCUCAGAGCGCUGCGUCGACGGUCAGGCGUCCUUCACGUGUGUGUGCAAGCCGGGCUGGAAGGGGACGCGCUGCGAGGAUGACAUCGACGAGUGCUCAGAUCCUGAGUUUCCAGCUGGAUGCAACCAAAAAUGCCACAACGUACCAGGUAGUUUUCACUGCUUUUGUGAGGAAGGUUUCACCAUCAAUGACAAGAUCAACUGUGUUGAUAUCAAUGAGUGCCUGUUGUACACCAGUAUUUGUGAGCAACCAGCUAAAUGUGUCAACACACCAGGCAUGUAUGAGUGUCAGUGUCCCCUGGGAUUCAAAUACAACUUCACUUCCAGGACAUGCGAUGAUGUGGAUGAGUGCGAGACGCAUUCGUGUGAUGGGACGUGUCAAAACACGGUGGGCAGCUACUCGUGCCACUGUGACGGCCGUCGGGGGUUACAGCUGGCGGCAGACGAUCAAUACUGCGAGAGAAUCCCCGUCUGCGUGGACCUGAAGGACUUUAAACACCCUGAGAUGCUUUACCUAGGGGAGCAAUUUGCAGGGUUUCCGGUCAUCUACCUGCGCUUUCGCCUUCCUGAAAACACAAAGUAGGUGUUUAACAAGCAUAUGCUGAUGAAUGUAA